AUGGAUUUAUCUACAAUAAAAAACGAGCGGGUUCAUUCUCCUCGGAAACUAAAUGAUAUAUAUUCAUAUCAUCCAUCAGACGAGUUGCCCUGGAGACCACCUGAAGUUGACCAGUUUAGGAAUUUCCUAAUUAGCUCAAAAACAAGGGCGACUAGAGAUUAUAACUCAGGGUACAGAAAUUUAUGUAUAAUUAGAGGCCAGACCGGAAGCGGGAAGCUUACAACAAUAAGGAAACUUUGCGAUGAUUUGAGAAUAAGGUUAAUAGAAUAUGACCCUUUUAACGUAGUUCCUAAUACUCAAGUAGAGUUUGAUUACACUAUUGACAGCUUGAUAAGGUUCCUACAGAGUUCACUGUCUCGAAGAUGUUUGAGGACAACGGCACAUGAAAAGACUACUACAAACGAGAAAAUAAUAGUUGGCUCGAGGAAAAUUAAGAGAAUUAAAUCUGAGUUUAGUACAUACGAUGGGACUGGUUCAAGCGCAGGACCAGGAGGCAUGAGUUCAGGCGGUCCAGAGGAAGGUCAGCUUGUUUUAAUUUCGGAUUUACCAAGAGGAAUUCUAACCUGCAAAUACUCAAAUUUAUACCCUUUGCAAAGUUUAUUGAGGGAAGUGCUAGUGUCAGAUAUAAUGUACCCACUGGUCAUUGUAACAUCAAACUCAAAUGAGGACUAUUUAAUACUAAGGCGGAUAAUGCCGCCAAAUUUUUUAAAAAAGUCAAAGUGCCUAAUAAUCAAUAUUAAGGAAAUCACAAGAACUAAAAUGAUCUCUCUCCUAAAUAUAAACAAGAAGAACAAGUUUCUAAACUACUUGAUUGACUCAUCAGCAGGAGAUAUUCGCUACGUAAUAAACAAUAUGCGCUUUUAUCAAUGUGACCCAAGUUUGGAUAAAGACUUGGAAUGUGAUUCAGAAGACGAAACAAUUAAGGACCAUAUACUGGAGAGAAAUAAUUUGAACAACUUUGACUUACUGGGUAAAAUUUUGUACAAUAAAAGGAUUCCAGCACUGUUGAAACUCAGAAAUGAGAUUCCAGAUGAGGAAAGAAGCGGAGAUUCCACAUUUAUAGAGUGUUUUAGCUUAUCAAGGCCGAUACAUAUGAAUGUUCACUCAUCUCAGGCUUCACAGUGUAGUAACACGACAACAACUCCAGUUAAGAAGAAUGAUAACUCGCCACGUAAUAGCCAGAUAGCCCCAAGUAGAUUAAAUAGUAGUAGAGAAAGAUUAAACCCAGAUUCUAUGCCGGUGAUUGUUAAGAUGUAUGGACUUGUAAGUGAUUUUGAUUUUACAAGGCCAAUGUCAUACACAAAGUGGCCAGUACUGACUCCUGAACCAGAGAUGGUCAAAUUUAGGCAUACCUCAGAUAAAAUGUUGCCGAAGCUUACGAGGCCGUUAUUGUACUAUAGUCCAGAAAAAAUGGUUGACUCAAUUAAAUCAGAGUUAAACUACUUUGCAAGCUCUAUUUUCGAUAAUUACUCAGACCUCUACGGGCACAUUGAUGACUGCGCAGCAAUGACUAGGCACUUUGCAAUUGCGGAUGUUUAUAACUCGAACCCAAGGAACAUAAACGACCCUGAGGCCUCAAGGGUAUUUUUAACCAUUUGUAUAAGAGCAGCGGCUGACUGUAACAUAUAUGGCUUCGAGAGCCAUAAGCAGAAGUUCCACACAUUCAUUACACACAAGUCAAAGUCGGAGUACAUCAGAGCUAUGUUUCACGAUCUGAGGUCGGAAUCUAUAGGAGGUGACGUUACUAAGCUCUAUUCUAAGGACGUUCUGUUUACGGAGAUAAUACCGGCACUUUCAAUAGCAACUGUAAGCCAAAACGAGUCGAGUGAAGAGAUUACUCAAACUUUAUCCACAGAUGAUGAGUACAAUAUCAAUGAUUUAAUGGAUAAAGUGGAGAAGAUUCUGGAAGGAACGCAGGAGACGGUACCAAAGCUGAAAACACUCGAGCAGGCGACCAUUUUCACGCCGAAAUUUAACGAAAUUUUACAAGAAAUCACAAACCACUACUAUUCAUGGGAUAGACACUCUCAGGAAUCUUUAUAA